AUGUCGACCUGCCCGUUGGUGUUCCCCGUCCCUGUGCCUAGGAUGCUGUGGACCAUACUUCUCCUGGCUGCCUCCCUGAGUACUGAGAAUACAAUCUGGGACAGCCCAAACUGCAGCAACAACAAUGUUUCCGAGCCCAGAGGCAGUCGCAUCGUGAUGUCCUGCAACAUGUCCAACACCUUCUCCAGCAUCACCAUCAGCCUGCGUGCCCACGGGGAGAGAAAGAUCAUCUUUGAGGAAAAGCCCCCAGGAGACUUUCGCUCCCCAGAGGGCUAUCAGCUCUGGGUUCAAGAAAGCAUGGCCCAGAUGGUGAUUGAAGAAGCCCAGGAUACCCAUGAAGGGCUUUACACGUGGCACCUCAAAGGACGCCAGAGAAACAACAAAAAUUUCACACUGAAGGUUUCAGAUGUCUACCAUGCUCUGCCUCAGGCCAGGUCUACGCCCAAAGCAUGGGUGGCCUUGGUGGUCACCUUCCUGGUCCUGUUAGUCGCUGGGCUCAGCCUGCUGUGCUGGCACAGGCGCCGUCGGUUCCAGAAGCUCCAGCAGAUUUGAAUUCCGAGCCCUGAGUGCCAAGUCCAACA